AUGGCACCAACUCAUGUCCUCAUCACCGGCGUCACCGGCUAUAUUGGCGGAACGAUCCUUUCGUACCUUCUCUCGUCGGAAAAUGCAAGCGUCAAAGACCUGAAACUGUCGGUCCUCACGCGCAACGACGACCGAGCCAAAUCCUUCUCGUCUGCCAAUCUCAAGGUGUACACGAUGCGCGACCUGGACGACGCGGCAGCCAUUACGGCGGCGGCGGCGGAAAACGACAUCGUCAUCCACACCGCGUCCGGGUACCACGCGGGCAGCGCUGUAGCUUUGAUUGAAGGUCUCGCGCGGCGGAAACGGCAGCUUGAACUGGAAAGCAAUGCCAAUGCCAAUGUAUACUACAUCCACACGUCGGGGACUUCGAAUCUGGCCGACCGGCCGAUCAGCAAGACGUAUCUGGAACCGCGCACUUUCAGCGACAAGGACCCCGACAUCGACAUCUACGCCUACUUGAAGAAGCGGAACGAGAUCGAGCCGUACUCUCAGCGCACGAGCGACCUCGCCGUGGUGGAGACGGGGCUGAGAGAAGGCGUUCCGACCACGAUUAUCAUGAGUCCGACCAUCUACGGCCUCGGCUCGGGCCAGUUCAACCGGUUGUCGAUCCAGUAUCCCGCACAGAUGAGAGCGGCUGCGAGGCAGGGGAGGGCAGAGUACGUCGGUGGCGGGAAGGGGGUGUGGGAUUUUGUGCACGUCCUCGAUCUCGCCGUGCUGUAUGAGCUUGUGCUCCUGGACCGGGUGGAAGGGAGACGCAUCGUUCCUGUCGGGGCGCAGGGCUUCAUGUUCAGCGCCACAGGAACCUUCACGUGGAGGGAGGUUGCCGAGAACAUUGCGAAGGCCGGCUUCGAGCUGGGGAAAUGGAGCGACGCCGAGACGAGAAGUGUGAGUCUGUCCGAAGCGGCGGCGAAGUGGGUGGCUGGGGACGAGCAGCUGUGUGAAUUGGGAUAUGCCAGUAAUUCUAGGACGAGAGCGGAUAUCGCGAGAGAGUUGGGCUGGCGACCGAAAAGGACCAAGGAGGAUUGGGCGCAGUCUUUUCGGGACGAGUUUGAAGAGGUUUUGAAAAAGGAACAUGGAAAGUAG